AAUUAUCGAAAAGUGUUCGCAUUGGAAAAAUACAUCAGCUACAGUUGCGUCGAUGCCUCUCUGAUAAACCAAAAUUCAAAGCAAUUGGCCCAAACGAAACAAGGCAUGUCCAGCGAUUCAAGCAGCUCCAGCUCCGAAGAUCACCGGCGCAAGCGCAAGCAUAAAAAGCAUGGAAAAGAUGUCGACAAGAAGUUCAAGAAAUCUAAAAAGAACAAACGUGAAAAGCGACACAAGGAAAAGAAGCGCAGCAAGCAAGACGAGCCGAAGGAGCAACUACCUCCACAGCUGCCAGUACCUGCUCCAAGACAGUUACCAGAUCCGCAGGACAAUGCCGAUGCCUUUGGACCAGCCCUGCCGCCACAUUUGCUCAAGGAGCCAAAGCCACCAGCGACGACAAUAAUUGGUCCUGUGAUGCCCAGCAAUCUGACUGAAGCAGCCAUAGUUGAAAGCAUUCCUGCUCAAUCCCAGGCAGAUAACAAUAACGAUGAUGAUGAUGUGACGGGCACUUUUGGCCCAAUGCCAAAUGCAACACAAGUGGAGCUGGAGGAACGCGCUCUGGCCUUAAAGCUGGCUGCACUGGAAGGCGGCUCCUUGAGUGGUUCUACUGCAGAUCAAGAUGUACGCGAAGAGUGGAUGCUGGAGCUGCCGGAAGUGGGGCUUAAGAGCGGCUUGGCAGCGCUCAACAAUAUGAAGCGCACCUUUUAUCAAGGCAAGGAGCGUCCAGAUUUCAGCGAUCGCAGCUCCUGGACAAAGACACCGCAGAGUGCAGCAGCGGGACCUAAACCAUGCACAUCCAAGGACAUGGAGCAAGCUGCCCAAGCCAAAUAUGAGCGUCAACGGGAUGAGGAACAGGAAAGCAUUGCAAAAAAGCACAAAAAGAAGCACAAAAGAGAUGAGUCGCUGGUGGAGUUACACCAGAAGAAACUGCGCAAGGAGCAGCGUGAACGGGAAAAAGAACUGGCUGCAUCCGGCUCCAGGCCAGAACGGCGACCUUUCAGUCGCGACGUGGACCUAAAACUCAACAAAAUUGACAGUAAUCAAACGAAGCAAAUUGUGGACAAGGCCAAGAUCUUAAACACAAAGUUCUCAAGUGGACAAGCCAAGUACCUUUAAUAAAUAAACUAAGCAAUAUAUAUAUGUAGUCUUAAGGAGGUAUACAAUAAAAAUAGAAUGCGUUUUUAAU